AUGUCACAAACUACCCCUCUCCAAAACGCUCAAAACAACCUCAUCGAAGCGUUCGAAAUCGACUUCGAUCAAUACAUUAGAGAACGUCGCGAAGAUUGUAGAUCUUGGAACGAACUCAUCACAGGAUCAUUGCCAAACAGAAUCAAUCAAUGCGAACUUGCGAUCGAAAAGAUAGACAAAGAGAUCGACUUCUGCGAUGAGAAAGCAGACAGUAUCGAAGCAGACAGAGUUGCACCACCAGAUUACCAAAUCUGGCUCUUAGAUAACUACGAGCAACUGCUAAAUGUAUUGUAUGCAUUGAAAACUUGGUUUCGCCAAUACCAAGACGAUUACGAAGCAUUGCAUCACGCAUUGAGCAAUCGUGACACCACGACUGCAGAGGAGAUCCAGCGAGAGCUGGAGGAACUGUCUGAGUAUGGCUUGCCAACACAAGAUGGAACCGAAUCAGAACUGGAAGAAGAUUCUGAGAUAGAAGACGAUAGUGAGGUUGGCAGCGAGUCAGGAUCCGAAGAUGAUCCUGAACAAUCUUAA